AUUGCACACAAGUCCUUCCUCAAUCAACCCAGGUGACAUGUCUGGGACUUGCGAGACGAAGAAACCCAGGGGAAGGGCUAGCAAAUCGACGGCUAGGUCUUUGGGAGGUGAAGAAACCAUGAAAAGGGCCAGAGAAACGACGGAUGGGUCUCUAGGAGGCGAAGAAACCAGGGGAAAACGACGCUGGGUCUCUGGGAGGCGAAGAAACCAGAGAAUCGAAAAUCCGUCGUCUUCAUCCAAAAUCAGGGAAACCGAGUUUGCACUUCGUGGCAGCGGCUCAAUCCAAGGUUGGAAAUUUGGCAGGUCUUCAAAGCUGGGAUUAGGUCCUCAGUGAGAGCAUGGGUGCAUUUCAAGUAUUCUCGAGAUGUCACGUGGUUUCCUUUGAUGUCAUGGACCCCUAUCCUUUCACUGUACUGUGCUGCUUUUGGAUGGUUAGCCUUGAAGGUUAGCACGAAUGAGAGUUUGCCGAUUGUAGAGGUGCUAAUACUCGAGGACGUAAUUGGCUUAGAAGAGUUCGCAGUAGCCUAGUUUCUUGCUUCUUAGAUGGUUUUUGAUGUAUAUUUUACUUGAGUCUCUUUAGAUAUUUAGAUAUGAUGUAAAUUACUGUUCAUUCAUUUAUUUUGGAGUUAUUGACCGAAUUGUUAAGUUUUACAAAAUGUGUAACUGUGGAUACUUUUCACUCUACAAUUUCCAUCCAUUUAAGGAGCUUGGAGCUUACCUGUAGCAAUUUCAUCGAG